UUUUAUUCUGGGAUUUGUAUUUCCACCGGAACCCAUGCUGGAGCUGGUGUUGGUUUUACAUUGCUUUGUUGACACAGCGGUUUCUUCAUUCUUCCAUGUCAUCAGCCUGAUUAAGACAUAUGAGUGGGGGAUGUUAUUAGGUUUAAGAGCAAGUUUCGCCCUGCUUCGUUUUGGAGAUCUUGAUAUUUAAAAUGAAAUGCCAGCGGAUGUAAGUAGGACGUGGUCGGGGUGACUGAGUGAAGAUCUGGGCCACCGAUGGUCUUUUUUUUCUUGAGUUGAUUCAAGGCCCUGGGGUGAAGAUGGCCAGUCAGUUCCGUAGCUAUAUUUGGGAUCCAGUGCUCAUCAUCUCCCAGAUCAUCCUGAUGCAAUGCAUCUACUACAGCUUCCUAGGCCUGUGGUUGGCCGGCGUGGAUGGUCUCGUGCACACCAACAGAUCUCUCAAUCAGAUAUUCAGUUACGAGGUCCUCGGUUUUUCAACAACACAUGGACGACUCUCUAUGAUUGCAUUCAUUCUGAACUCUCUCACAUGUGCUCUGGGCUUGUGGUUAUUCAUCCGCCGGGGGAAGCAGUGUUUGGACUUUACAAUCACGGUGCAUUUCUUCCAUAUGAUCGGCUGCUGGAUCUAUAACUCCCACCUGCCGGUUGCGUUGUCAUGGUGGCUGGUUAACGUGGCCUGCAUUGCCCUAAUGGCAGUCAUCGGCGAGUACUUGUGCAUGAGGACAGAGCUCCGGGCCAUUCCCGUGAAUACUGGCCCCAAAUCCAACCUCUGAGAAGCUCUCUAAUGGACAGACAGUGCUUUCAGAGCAGCAUUGGCCUGUGAUUUUAUCACUUGGCAUGUUGAGCUGUGUUGCAGUGUUACCUUUCUCUACCACUGGUAAAGGUGGAUGCAAAUACGAUCCAAGUAUUGACUGUAACUGGACAUUUCCUCUAAAAUAUCUCAAUUUAGUCACUUUACUUUUUCCCAAAAUUGUGUAAAAAAUGUGUAUUUUGCUAAGUCUUUGUAUUAUGUUUUUGAAAAUGAAGCUUGAAGCUCCUGAAUUGGAAUAACGCAUAAGUGAAUACUAAACUGUUUUGUGGCACUUUUUUUUUUUUUCCAUUUUUGAAAAGACUAUUUGAAGCGUUUGUGCUUGUUGUAUGCAAAUAGACACUGAAGAACAGAGCUGAGUCUUUAAUGAAAAAUAAAAUGUUCUGUAUUUGUC